AAUCACAAUUUCGGAAGUUCCGUUGAAUAAAAAUUCAACAUCAUAUAAUUUUCGUUUACACAACGAGUCGAGCGUUAUGCCUAGUCGCGGUGUCAUUAAGUCGGGUGUGAAAAGUGAUAAAGGGGCGAGGCCAAAGGAAACUGUGGUUGGUGAUCAAAGUGCUGGUGGUGGUGGUAAUCCCGAAGUGGUGGUUGUAGAUGAAACCAUGGAAGGGCAUACGUGCAAGACGUGUCGAGGACCGGACACCGAAGACAUGGUACAGUGCGACAGAUGCGAUGGAUGGUUUCAUUUUUCCUGCGUGGGCGUUUCAGAAGAGGUUGCUGACAAGAGCUGGAGUUGCACUAACUGCGUUACCGCGAAAUGGAUCCAGCGAACUAAAACAGCUUUGGAAGAAAGUGCCCUACACAGAAAGGAGAACAUCGGUCGGUAUCCCAGAAACCUACCUCGUCAGUACAACUCCCAAUGGACGCAGUUGAGCAAACAAGAUUGGAUCAACAGAAGCAUCAAUCGGCUCCGCCAGUUGACAGCAAUGGUGCAGGCAUAGGAAUUCCACGAGACGUAGAAAAGGCACUGUCGGAGAUUUCUGUUUCCUCUUCACAAAAAUCAGCGGUACAGCGAGCGAAGCUACAGUUAAUGCGGCUGGAGGAAGAACGGCUGUUUCAGCAGCAGCAAGACGAACGUCGGCGAGCCGCGGAAGAAAGGGCUGCGCAGGAACAUAGAGAGUUCCUGGACAAGAAAUACCGUCUUCUAGAAGAAG